AGGCAUACCAAAUAAGAUUGACAUGGUGUUCCUGGACUCAGAGAAUUUUUUCUCCUAAAAUCGAUCAAUUUGGAUUGGAAUCGACACAGUAAAUCACCGCGAUUCUACUGUUUAUUCUUGCAAAUUAGUUUGUCUCCGAUCGAUGAGAGGCGACGAAAAUGUCGAAGAUGAAACACUUUUUGCGGAAGCUUCACAUCCGCGAUCACCACCAUCACAGGAGGCCGCCGCCACUGGAUUCCUCAUCUCAAACGGCGCCGUCGCACCAAUUGAACUCCACAUCGACGUCGUCCGAUGCGCCGCCGCCGGCUUCGUCUUCGGGUGACAAUUCGAGCAAUAGCGACUCCAGUUUCUUCGAGGAGGAGUUUCAGAUGCAAUUAGCGCUGGCAAUAAGCGUUUCCGAUCCGGGUCAGGAUUGUAUUGACCCGGAAUCCGCCCAAAUCAACGUUGCUAAGCAGAUUAGCCUUGGCUGCGCACCUUCUCAGAACCUCGCGGAAUUCACGUCGCUCCGAUUUUGGAGUUUUAAUGUUGUAAAUUACGGUGAAAAGGUUAUAGAUGGGUUCUAUGAUGUUUGUGGAAUAGAUUCAACUCUGGCGGUCACAAAGAAAAUGCCGUCACUUUUGGACCUUAAAGCAAUGUCUCAUUUGGAAGAUAUGGGAUGUGAGGUGGUUCUAGUCAACCGUAUAGAUGAUGUGGAUCUCUGGAAACUUGAAGAAAUAGUUUGUUGUAUGUCUGUUGACAAGACCUUGAGUACAAGUUUUCUAGCGCAGAAAAUUGCUGUCCUUAUUGUUGAUAGAAUGGGAGGUCCUGUUAGUGAUGUUGAAGAAAUGUUGAGAAGGUGGAGGGCAAGGAAUCAUGAGUUACGAGUCUAUUUGAAUUCGGCCAUUCUUCCCCUUGGCUCCCUUGAUGUUGGUCAUUCGCGUCAAAGGGCUCUACUCUUUAAGGUCCUUGCUGAUAGGGUUAACCUUCCAUGCAAGCUAGUCAAAGGCAGUUACUUCACUGGUACUGAUGAAGGAGCUGUGAACAUGAUAAAAUUAGAGGAUGGAAGUGAGUACAUCAUUGAUCUAAUGGGUGCUCCAGGCACACUCAUUCCUACUGAGGUACCUAGUGCCCAACAUCAUACUUUUGAAUUAGAUGCAAGGCGUAUUGUUACUUCUCCAGGGAGUCUGAAAACCUGCCGUACAGCGCCUGAACAAAGGGCUCUGAAUGGAUCACUUCCACCUGGUACUUCAAGUGCACCAUCUGUGGUUUCCUUCCACUCAAAUUUAGUAGCCCAGAGAUCUGCAGGAAUAAUCUUGACAGAGCAGUUGGAUCAUAAUGUCAAAGAUCUUUAUCUUCCACAGGAGGACAAUUGUAGAGAAGAUCAAGUAUCUUCAACCAGGAAUAGUCGUAGAGAAAACAUGUUUAAACUAGAUUCAGCAGGACAUAAGUCAUCUCUUAAUAAUCCCUGGUGGGAGCAAAACACGCCAGUGGAUGAUAGAAAUGACGAGGUCAUCUCAACUGUCAAUGCUGGUUUUGGUAUGGAUGUUGACUCUUCUGGAAAUAAUUUGCAAAUUGAUCCUGUGCUCAAUGGAGUUGCUGAAAUUUUAUGGGAGGAUCUUCAGAUUGGUGAACGUAUAGGUAUAGGUUCAUACGGUGAGGUAUACCGAGCAGAAUGGAAUGGCACGGAAGUUGCAGUGAAGAGGUUUAUGAAACAAGAUAUCUCAGGAGAUGCACUUGCACAAUUCAAAUGCGAGAUUGAGAUCAUGUUAAGGUUGAGACAUCCUAAUGUUGUCCUUUUCAUGGGAGCUGUGACACGCCCCCCUCAUAUGUCCAUAUUGACUGAAUUCCUUCCAAGGGGUAGUUUAUAUAAGCUGCUGCACCGACCAGGUAUCCAGAUAGACGAAAAAAGGAGAAUAAAAAUGGCCUUCGAUGUGGCCAAGGGAAUGAAUUACUUGCAUACUAGCCAUCCUAUCAUUGUGCAUCGAGAUUUGAAGACCCCAAAUCUCCUCGUUGAUACAAAUUGGGUUGUCAAGGUGUGUGAUUUUGGCAUGUCUCGUCUGCAGCACAAUACUUUCCUAUCUUCGAAGUCUGCAGCUGGGACGGCAGAAUGGAUGGCCCCAGAGGUUCUGAGAAAUGAACCAUCCAAUGAGAAAUCUGAUGUAUAUAGUUUCGGAGUCAUACUGUGGGAGCUGGCAACUCUGCGAGUGCCAUGGACAGAGAUGAAUUCAAUGCAGGUGGUUGGAGCCGUUGGAUUCCAGGGUAGGCACCUUGAUAUCCCACCCACGGUUGAUCCCCUGGUAUUCGAGAUAAUCAGUGACUGUUGGAAUAGAAAUCCACAGGCACGCCCUUCUUUUGCACAGAUUAUAACCGGCCUCAAGGGUCUGCAGCGCCUCAGUGUGCGUAGAACCGAGAGUUGUAAGUAUCAGGAAUAAUACCAUUGUAGCAGUAGCUGAGAGCUCGUCUCUGGACUCGAAGAGCCAGUUUGAGCAGAAAUCGAUAAUUCAAGAAUUCGUUUGGACCAAGGCCAUUGCUAUGCAGGAAAGUUGCUGAAUUGGGAAGCGUUGAUUCAUUCAAAGUGGGAAUUGAACGCAGCCGAUUCAGAAUAUAUAGAGUAAGUCCUCAACUUCAAAGUUGGCACAAAAGUGUGCAGUUGGGUAAGUUUCUGCUGGGCAAAGCUUGGUCCUUAAAUUUGUAUGGUUCUAAAAACAUGGGAGAGGAAUUCGUAAGGAUUUUUUCUCUCUUAAUGUUCAUAAGGAAUUCAUAAAAACAUGGGUUGAAAAACAAUUUAGUUUUGAUCAUCUAUUAGAAUGUGUUAAAUAAAGAGAAGAUAGGAAACAGAAAAAAAGGGAGUUGUUGAGAUCGUCAAAAUAGCAAAUGUAAAAAAAGGUCUCUGCAGUUUGUACCUUGAUUUGAGUUUAAUUUGUACAUUUCAAUCUGCGGUGAAAAAAAUGAAAAUUGGUAUUCUUUUACUACAAA